AUGGCUGGUAAGAGAAAUAAACAGAACAAAGGAUCAGGAUCCCUUUCCAAUGGGAAGAAAUCUGAUGUCGACGUCGAUGACCGUUUACAAGCCAUCGUCUUGACAGAUUCUUAUGAGACAAGAUUCAUGCCUUUAACAUCUGUGAAGCCAAGAUGUCUACUACCAUUAGCUAAUAUCCCAUUGAUUGAAUACACAUUGGAAUUUCUGGCUAAAUCUGGUGUUGACGAAGUCUAUUUAAUCUGUUCAUCCCACGCAUCUCAGAUUAAUGACUAUAUUGAGGAUUCUAAAUGGAAUUCACCUUGGUCACCCUUUAAAGUGAGUACUAUUAUGUCGCCAGAAGCUCGUUCUGUAGGUGAAGUGAUGAGAGAUUUGGACAAUAGAGCCAUCAUCACUGGUGAUUUUGUCCUUAUCAGUGGUGAUGUCGUUACGAAUGUCGAUUUCAAGAAGAUGCUAGAGUUUCAUAAAAAAGUACAUGCUAAGGAUAAGGAUCAUAUAUCGACCAUGUGUUUAAGCAAAUCUAGUCAAUACCAUAGAACAAGAUCUUUUGAACCAGCAGCCUUUAUUUUAGAUAAAUCUACCAAUAGGUGUAUCUAUUAUCAAGAUUUACCUGGUGUAAGCUCAAAAGAAAAGACAUGUGUGGAUAUAGAUCCUGAAUUAUUGGAUGAUGUCGAUGAAUUUGUUUUAAGAAAUGAUUUAAUUGAUUGUAGAAUUGAUAUUUGCACACCUCAUGUCCCACCAACAUUCCAAGAUAAUUUUGAUUACCAAACAUUAAGAUCAGAUUUUGUUAAGGGUGUUAUAUCAAGUGAUCUUUUGGGUAAGCAUAUAUAUGCAUAUAUUACCAAUGAGUACGCAGUAAGAGUGGAAAAUUGGCAAACUUAUGAUACCAUAUCUCAAGAUUUCGUUGGAAGGUGGUGUUACCCACUAGUUUUUGAAUCUAAUAUUCAAGAAGACCAGACCUAUUCUUAUGAAUCAAGACAUAUUUAUAAGGAGCAAGGUGUUGUGUUGGCUCAAUCUUGUAAGAUAGGUAGAAAUACAGCUAUUGGUGCUGGGACAAAGAUCGGUGAGGCUACAAAAAUUGAAAAUUGUAUAAUUGGGAGAAAUUGUCAAAUUGGUGAAAACAUUAGUUUGAAAAAUAGUUAUAUUUGGGAUAAUUCUGUGAUAGGUAACAAUACUACGGUGGAACAUUCUAUUGUUGCAUCUGGUACUAAAAUAGGAGAAAAUGUCCACUUAGAAGAUGGUUGUAUUAUUGGGUUUGAUGUAGUUAUUGAUAACGAUAUGAAAAUUUUUAAGGGCACGAAGAUUUCAAGUACACCUGUAAAGAGCAUACAAUCUGAUUUCUUUGAAAGUACUUUAAGUGAUGACAGUGAUUUCUCAGACAAGGAAGCUACAUUGGAUAAGGAAAAUGAAACAGUCGAAACAUCCAUAGCGACUGACCUAGUUGGUGCUAAAGGUGCUGGAUACUUAUAUGAGAGUGAUGUUUCUGAUAUUGAGGAUGACAAUUCAGAAACUGUAAAUUUGGCCAAUUCCUUGAGUUAUCAACUUGAGGAAUUGUACUUAAGUGAUGAUUCUAUAUCCUCCACCAAGAGAACUAAGAAGAAGAGAACCAUGUCCACUAAUAGUAUGUACACAGACUUCGAAGAGAAUGGUUCUGAAGAAGAAGAAGAUUUCCAAAAGGAAGGGAUUGCUACUGUUGAAAGAGCAAUGGAAAACAAUCACGACUUGGAUACUGCAUUAUUGGAAUUGAAUACUUUGAGAAUGAGUAUGGAUGUAACCUAUCAUGAAGUUAGAACAGCCACCAUAAUUGCUAUUCUUAGAAGAGUUCAUCAUUUUGUUGCCACUCAAACAUUAGGUCCAAAGGAUGCAGUCACUAAAGUGUUUGGCCAAUGGGGGUUACUAUUCAGAAGGCAAGCAUUUGACAAGGAAGAGUACGUGGAUUUAAUGAAUAUACUAAUGGAACAAGUGGUUGAACAGAAACUGGAAAAACCAGAUCUAAUCCUCUUCGGUGCCUUGAACUCUCUAUAUGAUAAUGAUAUCUUAGAAGAGGAUAUCAUCUAUGAAUGGUGGGAUAGUGUGUCGAGCGAUCCACGUUACGAUGAGGUCAAGAGAUUGACAGCUAAAUGGGUGGAAUGGUUGAGAAACGCAGAUGAAGAGUCAUCCUCUGAGGAAGAUGACGACGAGGAAUGA